GGGUGGCUCGCUUUCAUUCCCUUUGCGCCCCUAUAAGUAACUAACCCCGCGACCCCUGGACCCACCCCCGACCGGCGCCCCCAGCCUCCGGCUUCUAAAGGACUCCGGCUGAAGGUUUUCCAGCCACUGCUGCUCCUCAGCGCUUCAGGAAGUUUCUCGCCAACAACUUUCUGUUUUGACUUGGGGCGCGAAAGUUUCCUGGUGAAGGAGAAGUGGGCUUCUGCUUCUCAUCCAGCAAAAUGAUGCUUCAGCACCCAGGCCAGGUCUCUGCCUCGGAAGUCAGUGCCUCUGCCAUCGUCCCCUGCCUGUCCCCUCCUGGGUCACUGGUGUUUGAGGAUUUUGCUAACCUGACACCCUUUGUCAAGGAAGAGCUGAGGUUCGCCAUCCAGAACAAGCACCUCUGCCACCGGAUGUCCUCUGCGCUGGAGUCAGUCACUGUCAGCAGCAAACCCCUCGAGAUGUCGAUCACAAAAACCCAGGUAAGCCCUGAAGAAGAUGAAAGAAAAAAGAGGCGACGGGAAAGAAACAAGAUUGCAGCCGCCAAGUGCCGAAACAAGAAGAAGGAGAAGACAGAGUGUCUGCAGAAAGAGUCGGAGAAGCUGGAGAGUGUGAAUGCUGAACUGAAGGCCCAGAUCGAGGAGCUCAAGAACGAGAAGCAGCAUUUGAUAUACAUGCUCAACCUUCAUCGACCCACAUGUAUCGUCCGGGCUCAGAACGGGCGGACUCCAGAAGAUGAGCGAAACCUUUUUAUCCAACAGAUAAAAGAAGGAACAUUACAGAGCUAAGCAGCUGUAGUUAUGGGGGCAAGUGGGGACUCCUCAUCGACUCCUCCUUCUGCAUCCAAAACUCUGCAGCCAUUGGAGAUCUGACUUCCUGUGCACCUUGAAUCCCACUGGCAGAGGACUGUGGAGGCGGGAGGGCUCCGGUGGAGCCUCUCCACUCUGCCCCCGAGCGGACUUCGGACCAGAGCAAGGGCAACUUUUGCCUCAACUCCAGGAUUCCGGCCUUAACAUACCAGCCAUUCUUGGGUUCUCCAGAUAGCCCCUGGUUAGGGUCCUGCCCACCUUUCAUCUGGAUUCUACAAAACCAGAAUUCCCACCACUAGGGUUCCUGCAGAAGUGUCUGUACCUUGGGUGGGUGGGGUGGGACCACCUCCUCUGUUGCCACUGCCACCGCCGUCACUUGUAGGGGACAUGGAGUGAGAAUGGCGUUCAGCAAAGCUGUACAAUGGCCAGGGUUGUGCUUCUAGCAAAUAUGCUGUCAUGUACAGGAGUUAUUGUAUGCAAGGCAUCUGUUUCAUAACCGGGCAUUGGGUGCUCCCGAUGUCUGUUCUUACAACACUGGGGUGGUUUUCUCAUUACUUCCCUCAGGUCUGGUUUCUGGGGGCUUGAGGGGCUAUCACCAUGUGCAGCGCUUUACAAAAUGUUCAGGUGGCCGGAAGAGCUUGUCAGCCCCGGGAAAACAGAGUUUUGCUCGCCAGCAGUGCGGUUCUGUGCCCCGAGAAGGCCUUUCCCUUGGCACCCAGGCUGUAACAGAAUUCAUGGGCAUGGCCGCGGCAGGUCCUCUGUCACUGGGUGAAAGCAGAACGUCCACCUGCCGAAGGGUCAGGACUCUUUCUGCUCAGUGACUGAGGUCAGGAGUCAUUUCUAGGCCGGAAGAGCCAAAGAAUAUUCCAUUUUCCUUUUCCUGCGGUUGAAAACCACAUUCAGUGGAGGCAGAUUUGAAGCCAGGGGACGCCUAGGCUUUAGCAUUAUGGGAUGUUACUGUCGCCGUGUUUGUUGUGCAGAUGUUUGUAGGCAUCUGGCCCAGAGCUUUUCACAGCUGUGAGAGGUCAUUCGCACUGGCCACAAGGACUCUGGUCUGUUUGAAUUCUGAUGUUUCCGUGAAAUCCUCAGAGUGUUCAAUCCUACACAAUAGUAUCAUUACAAUUUUCUGUAAGAGAAAAUGUUACUUAUUUAUCCUAGUAUUCCUAACUUGUCAAUAUAAUAAAUAUUGAAACCAAGAUGUGGUAAAUUUCA